AUGUCUUCCUCAUCAUCAAAGUCGCCCGAUCCAUGCUCGAUCCAACGAGUUGCUAGUAAAGCUCUCCAGACCAAGUCCGUCACCGUGGAGCGUUUCGGCGGAGUAAUCUUCCGCACAUUUCGUUUGCGAUCCACCUCCGACUUCUUUUAUGUGCUKCGAUGCCGACCAUCCAUCCACGUGAGACUUUUGCGGCAAGAGGAGGACGGGUUGAGGAAGGAAGCCACCAUCUUACAGGUCCUUCGAGGCAGAUCUGACCUACUUGUACCGAGACUGAUCGAGUACCACACCACAACGAUACCCCUUGGAAGCUUCUACCUCAUCAGUGGGCCGUUCAAAGGAUCCAUCCUAGCAGACGUGGRGCCCUCAUUAUCCUCCAAAGCUCUCGCCAGCAUCGACAAAAGCUUGGGAAAGCACGUGCGCUGUCUAGCCCGUGUCACAAAUUCUUCCUUUGGAGGUGUCAAAGAAGUUGCUCUGCCUGGAUAUUCGUCCUGGUCGAAGUACUUCGCCAGUCUGCUGGAAUUACUCUUGCGAGACGCAGAAGACGCCUUGGUCAGUCUGCCGUAUGAAUUCAUCCGCCAGCAGGCCCAUCGCUAUAGGUCACAAUUGGACCAAAUCACGCAACCGAAACUCUUUCUCCUAGAAAUGGUAUCGGACAGGAAUAUCGUCGUGGACACUCACAGCAUGAUGGUGUCUGGCUUGCUCGACCUUUCCACUGCGACCUGGGGAGAUCCGUACAUGUCGGAUUGCUUCUAUAAACCGUCUGUCAGUUUUGCGGAAGGGUUUGGAAAGCUUCCCAAUAGAACAGAGGAUCAACGAAUCCGACAAUACUUAUAUAUCCUCUACCACUCUCUGCUGGCUGUCGUACGGCAGUGCUAUCGACCUUCGGACGAUGGGGAUGAUCUGACAGCUCGACGGAAUCUGACGGCUGCUUUGACUCAGUUGGCGAAGUGA